UGAAGCCCGAAGGCAUGAGGAAAAGCAUCAAUCUAUGAACCCUAGCAAAGAACACAAACCAACCCAUGUUAUCAUAUUGAUCGUGUCUUUAAAGCUUGAGCUCUCAUCACUUUUGUUAAUUGCCUUCGCCUCACUCCACCAUCUUCAUCUCUAUAAAUUCAAAUUUCAAAAACCCCUUUACCCCCUCUCUUCGUAAACCCUCUCUGACCAUUGUCUCUCAUGGCUGCUCCAAACGGAUCUUCUGUAAAGGCCCAUGCUUCUGGAUGUACAAAUCUAGAUUCUGAUCUUUUUAGAAAAUCUCACGCAACUUGGACCAAUCAAGUUCCAAUAGCUGUAGCACCACUCAACUGUGUCCCAUACACGGGCCCACCUCUUGACAACUCAGACGCUGACAUGGCACAAAAAGAAGCCAUCCCAGUUUCAAAGAAUCAGCCAGCCAUGGUGUUUCUGCCGCCACAAACCACCGAGAAAGAACUGAACGAUAUUUUGGAGACCACCACACACGGGGUGGUGGUGUCAGGUGGUGCCGCCAGUGGGAAAUUUGGACCACUUAUCGGCUCCAUUGAUAUCUCUGAAUCUCAUGACACUUUUCUCUUUCGUGUUGCUCUUCCAGGUGUCAAGAAUGAUCAAAAGUUUAAAUGUGACAUUCAAGAAGAUGGAAGCAUUACGAUUGAAGGGGCAACAGAAACAGGGGAGAAAAAGGUUCAAGUCCACAACAUGGUGUUUGAGAUGCACACACAAAAUCUUUGUCCACCUGGCAACUUUUCGGUUUCCUUCCAGUUGGGUGGGCCCGUUGACCCUUUGACUUUAGAGAAGGAGUUGGCUAAUGGUGUUCUUGAGGGUGUUGUUAACAAAAAACCACUCAAGGGUUUGUGAUUCGUUUUGUUAUUGAUUGAUGUAUAUUGGAGUUGAAGAUCCUUGAUUAGUAGUUGUUUUGAUGAGAGUGGACUUGUGUUUUUGAAGGUCCUUGAGGAUUUUCUUCUUGUAAUAUUUGUCUUGUUUUGCUUCUUGUUUAUGCCAUUUUUGGCUCCUUGAACAAAAGAAAAGUAGAAGAAGAAUGAGGUUUAGGAUUUAAAUUUGUGUGAUUUUUAUUUAAAAUAGGCAUUUAUACUACUUAUCGUAGGGGC